UAUCCAGUCAACACGGAGUUGAAUCCUGAUCUAUUACGAACUCCACUCACAAAACAAAGCCUCCUAUUUCGUCAUCUCUUUAUCAAACUACCUUACCUGCCCAUUUCAAAAACUUCAAAAUUCAUUUUCACUCUAUUCAAAAAAAUCAAAAACUUAGGGUUUCUCUCUUUCUCUCUCUAAAAAUUCUGUAGAUCGAAGAACUCUGAGUCAUAAAAAUGGUGUCGCAGGAUUAUAUACAGAAAAUGGAGGUUCGGCAGAACUUCCGCAACCUCUGGCACACUGACCUUCUUCGCACUAUUCAGGCUGAUACUCCUUAUUGCUGUUUGUCGUUGUUCUGUGCUCCAUGUGUAUCAUAUAUGCUGCGUAAACGUGCUCUUUACAAUGACAUGUCAAGAUAUGUAUGCUGUGCAGGUUAUAUGCCUUGCAGUGGUCGGUGUGGUGAAAGCAAAUGCCCUGAAUUUUGUCUUGCAACUGAGGUCUUUCUCUGCUUUGGGAAUUCGGUGGCCUCCACUCGUUUCAUGUUACAGGAUGAGUUCAACAUACAAACAACUCAAUGUGAUAACUGCAUAAUUGGUUUUAUGGUCUGCCUGAACCAAAUUGCAUGCAUAUUUUCUAUAGUAGCAAUGAUUGUGGGAAGUCAAGAAAUCCAAGAAGCAUCUCAAUUGUUGAAUUGCCUUUCUGAUUUGGUUUACUGCACUGUCUGUGCGUGUAUGCAGACACAGCAUAAGAUUGAAAUGGACAAGCGAGAUGGCAAGUUUGGGCCUCAGCCGAUGGCAGUGCCCCCAGUUCAGCAGAUGUCUCGGAUUGACCAGCCGUAUCCUCCCACUGUUGGAUAUCCAUCUCAACCUCAAGGAUAUCCACCUCAGCCUCAUGGAUAUCCACCCCAAGGAUAUCCUCCUCAAGCUCAUGGAUAUCCACCUCAGCCUCAUGGAUAUCCACCCCAAGGAUAUCCUCCUCAAGCUCAUGGAUAUCCACCUCAACCUCAAGAAUAUCCUGCUCCGGGCUACCCACCAGCGGGCUCUGCUUAUCCUCCUCAAGGCUACCCACCCGCUGGCUAUCCCAAGUGAUCCCCUCUUGCUAUUUGAAGUGGUCUAAAAUAUUUGAUUCAUUGUGUUGAGCUAUGCGUGAUAUACAUAGAUUACCCUUAAUUAUUCAUUGUUGUAGCAGUGCUGCGGCGUCUAUUGUAGAUUCUAUCCAUUAAAACUUGUCUAAGAUACGCUGUGUCUUAUCUUUUUUUUUUUUUUUUUUUUUUUUUUUUUUUUUGUCUGAAUGUUCGUAAAUUGUAAUCUGCACAAUGCUAAUAUUGGAAAUUCCAGUCGAAGAGUGGUGUCUUAUAGACUA